AUGAGACGGAUCUCUGAAGGUUUUUCCAUAAUUCCAACUCUAAUUCUAUCAUUCUGUCUGCUAUCACUGGACGUGUCCCGUCAUCUCUGUCCGGAGAUCACACCAAACCUCAGCAUGAUGUCUCCAGACUCCAUCUCUUUUUUAGUCUCCUCAGUCUUGGGACUGGUCUUGGCAAUCCCUUCUAACACUUGUAUUGUGAUGGGUAAUCUGGACAUCAUCAGAAAGAAAGGGAAGUUGAGUCCCUCCGAUGUGAUCUUUCUGGGGAAGGGAAUUGUGAAUAUUCUCCUCCAGUGUGUGCUGAGCGUACAGGGAAUGCUCUAUGUCUUGUGUCCAGAAAUCCUAUACAUUAGACAAGUUUAUGGAUUUGUGAACACAUCAGUUUUCUUCCUAACAUGUUACAACUUCUGGUUGAUCUUCUGGCUCUCGGCUCAUUACUGUACCAGCAUCACCAAUCUCAGCUAUGGGUUCUUCAUCUGGAUAAAGAGAAUUGUGUCCAAUUUCCUGAGUCACCUUCUAUUCCUGACAGCACUUGGGGUGUUCAUUGUGAGUGUCCCGGCCUUCUGGACUGUCAAUGCAGAAAGUCCUCUCCAGUUUUUUGAGAACAGUACAGAAGCCUCUGUUAGCAGAUUGCGUUCCAUUAGUUCCUAUUUUGUGCCUGUGACCUUCCUAGGCUGCAUUCUUCCAUUCUGCCUUAGUCUUCUGUGUCUGGUCCUCACUUCCUCCUUUCUGCUCAGACACGUCUGGAGGGUGAAGAAUAACGACUCGGGAUCAACACGUCCAAAUCUUCAGGCUCAUGUCACGGCACUGAGGACAAUCUUCUUCUUACUUCUCAUGUUCAAGCUCUUCUGCAUAAUUCGCAUAUUUAUGUUAUUUAGAGAUUCCCCAAAGUUAAUACCUAUUGUCAAUUGGAACUUACGAUUAUUGUCUCAAUCGGUGGAGGCCGCCAUCAUCUUCCAGGCCAGCAAAAAGCUGAGAAGGAUCAUUCUGAGAAAAUUCUGGACCAGAAGCAGGAGGAACACAGAGACUUAA